AAGAAAACACAAGGUUUUAACAGCUUUUCUAGUGUUUUCUUCCUCACAACAUCUAACUAAUCUUAUAUAUACUUUCUUAUACAAAUUUAAACUAACUUGCAAAGAAAAAAAAAAAAAAAACAGAAAAUGGAAGGAAAAGGAAUUAUUCAAAACAAUAGUUUCUUAGAGAAAAGUAAACCAUACAUAGCUAUGAUUUGCUUACAAUUUGGCUAUGCUGGGAUGAACAUUGUCACUAAGGUUUCUCUCAAUGGUGGUAUGAGCCACUAUGUGCUUGUCGUCUACCGCCACGCCUUCGCCACCGCUGUCAUUGCUCCUUUUGCCCUUGUUCUUGAGAGGGGAAUAAGGCCAAGGAUGACAUUUCCAAUAUUUUUACAAAUUUUUGUUUUGGGUCUUCUGGGACCGGUAAUUGAUCAAAAUUUCUACUACAUGGGCUUGAAAUUCACAUCUCCAACCUUCUCAUGUGCCAUGAGCAAUAUGCUUCCUGCCAUGACAUUCAUCAUGGCUUUCCUAUGCAGGAUGGAGAAGGUGGACAUAAAAAAGCUAAGGUGUAUAGCCAAAGUGGUGGGAACUUUAGUCACAGUUGGUGGUGCUAUGUUGAUGACAUUGUAUAAAGGUCAUGUCAUCAACUUUGUUUGGUCUUCUCAUAUUCAUCCUGCUCACACCACCUCCACCGCCGCUGUUGCCGCCGCUGCCGAUAGAGAUUGGGUGAAAGGUUCUAUUCUUCUCAUCUUAGCCACCCUAGCUUGGGCCGCCUUUUUCAUCCUUCAGGCAAUAACAAUGAGGAAAUACACAGCACAACUUUCACUAACAACACUAGUAUGCUUUUUGGGGACCUUACAAUCCAUUGCUGUCACCUUUGUUAUGGAACACAAACCCUCUGCAUGGACUAUUGGUUGGGACAUGAACCUUCUUGCUGCUGCUUAUGCUGGCAUAAUAACCUCAGGAGUUGCUUAUUAUGUACAAGGUGUAGUCAUGGAAAAAAGAGGACCUGUUUUCGUCACUGCCUUUAGUCCCUUCAUGAUGGUCAUUGUCGCUUUUAUGGGGUCAUUUAUCCUUGCUGAGAAAAUUUAUGUUGGAGGUGUUCUUGGGGCUAUAUUGAUAGUGAUAGGAUUAUACUUUGUACUAUGGGGCAAGUACAAGGAGUACAAGGAAAAAGAAGCCGAAGAGAUUAUUCCUGAAGCGAUUAAGGGUGUUCACAAUAACAAUUUUACUGCUGAAUUAGGUACUAUCUCAGAAGAUUCUGAAUUAGAUGAUUUGGAAUCACAAAGAGUAAUCGAACCUAGCCACACACUUCCGACGGUGGUUAUAAGCUCUCGGAUGCCCGAACCGCCCAUGCUAGCCUUAGAAGCACCCAUCAAGGGAGCUAGAACAAUAGCUUAGGGUAACUACUGUGCUUGUACGUAUAGAGUACGUACGUAGAAAAGUACUUAUAGUAGAAGAUUUGGAGGAUGAGGGCAAAUAAUACAUUACAUUAGGCAAGGAAAUGAAAAGGGGCUUUUUUGGUAUUUGACCUUACUUUUCUUUCCAACCCACCACCACUCCCUUUUGGUGUGUUGAGAAAUUAACAUAAUUCCAACCCUUUUAUGGCUUUUUUGUUCCCUACAUUUGCAAUAAUAAAUUAACUAAAAUAGAAGACUUACAUGCAAUUAAUAAGUAAUGGUGUGUUAUCAUU